AUGUCAACCCCUCCGCCUCCAGACCCAGAUGCUCCCCUCACGGGCGCUGCUCGCUCCGUGAACCGCCAAGGACUAAUCAUAAUCGUCUGGAUAUGCUUCACCAUCGCUACACUCUUCGUAUCACUACGACUUUUCGUUCGCUGGCAUCAGAAUCGGCGCUUCCUUGCAGAUGACUACUGGAUUACAUGGGCGUGGCUAUGCACUCUUACUAUGGCUAUACUGCAGACUGAGCAGAUGGAUCCUCUGUGGUAUAUGACUUACCUCCAGGCCGGUCGCAUCGCCUACGAUCCAAAGGAGCUAGAGUUCCAACGCAGUCAAAUCACGCGAUGGCAAUUCCCUAUCAUCAAGCUGUUUUGGAUCAUAUUAUGGUCAGUCAAGGCGAGCUUUCUGGCGCUGUUUUAUCGACUGGUCCAGCCGUUUCCUGUCAUUCGUCGGUGUUGGUAUGGUGUUUCGGUCUUUGCAGCAUCGGCCCUCAUCGUGUGCAUCAUCUGCAGUGUACUUACUUGCAGUCCUCCUUCUAACUACUUCCAUGGCAGCUGUGAUUCUCCGCGAGAACAAUGGAGACAGUCCUUCAACGUCAUAUUCUCAACGACCGUCGACGUUGCAACCGACCUCAUGAUCAUGGCGCUUCCGAUCGCAGUACUUCCCUCUCUACAGCUCGACAAGAAGAAGAAAAUCGGGCUUGGAAUUGCCUUUUCUCUGGGUAUAAUCAUCAUCUGCGUCGCCAUUGUACGCAUGUCACAAGUCAUCGUUGGAAAAAAGGUCGAUCUCGUUGGACUAGCUAUCUGGGGUGCCGUAGAAACAGCAACCGCUCUUGUUGUCGGUUCACUACCAGCACUCAAAGGCUUACUUACCCGAGGCAUCAAGAAGUAUGCGACAUCGAGGAGUGGUAGGACGGAUCCAGCUGAUUACGACAGCCGAAGUUCUCAACGUCGGCGGGGCCAUGGCUCAGCAAUGACGCCUCGGGCUAUUGUGGUUUCUGACUGCAUCCCUCUUGAUGAUCUCCAUCGCAGUGGACAAGUCGAUGGAGGUAUAUAUGUAAACAAAACAUUCACGACUGCUACGACAAGGGAUGAUAGUUCUUCUCAGGGUGAAGGGGAUGAAGCAGCUAUAGUGAGAGCAGCACCAAGAUAGAACAAGUCAUUCAAUGUAAUAUAGACAUGUUCCUAGGGCAUUCUAGUUAUAUACUGUGCUUAUUUAGUGAUAGCUAUACUACUCAAACUCCCUCCACUGCCUCACAACCUCAUACAAACUAUCAUUAUGC